AAAGAGACCACAAACAAAGAACGGAGACAGGGAAAGAACACGGGGAGGAGGGAGCGAGAUAAAGAGAGACAGAAUGACUCUGGGCAGACAAGGGGAACAGGGCUGCAGCUGGAAAGAGUGACAGCUCAAGAUCAAGAGGCUGAUAGAGUGAGAGUGAAGGAGGAGCCCACUAAGGAGGGAGGGAGGAGGAGGAGUCUUCAACAAGACGAAGAUUUUAAAAAAAUCGCUUUGGAGAGAGAAAGAUCUACAAACAGAAUCCGUCCAAACACAGCCAUUACACUGGAGCAGCGUGUUGAGCCCAAGGAAUAUGGAUUGAAGUCAAGACAAGUUGGAAAUCUAUCUGGGAACAGGACACCCUAAUUAAACCGACAACCAAAGGAACAACUGCUAUUGCGAAGAGAGGGAGAGAAAGACAGACAGUGAGAGGGAGCAAAGGAAGGGAGAGUACAGGGCAGUGAACGAGUAAGGGAAAAAGAGUGGCUAGACAGAGGAGGGCAAAAGAAGAGAAUUAAUACCACCCACUGUGCCAAUACCACACACAGAGUAAAAUUGUUACGCACAUACACACAUUCAAAGACAGAAAACCUGCCUGUGCCACACACACAGUAUUUAUGUCUCACACAUUGGCUAUACCACACACACCGAAUUUCUCAAACAAGUUUGCAUGCAACAUAUGCAGUAAGUAUUCGACACGCUGAAAUCAAAACGUUUAUAUCAACAGAAACGGAGAGAAACAAAGAAGAUAAAGAGCCAUGGAGAGACAUUAAAGCGUCAUAUGGGUUGGUAUUACUACGCACAGAGUGACAUAGACAGACAAAACGCAACAUAGUGGCAUCACGGGGCCUCCACAGGAGCAGGAACUCUUCGAAAACUAACCUGAGGAACUAUACUGCCAACUUAACCCCCCAAAAUAAUUACCACAGAACUGAAGGCCGGUGAUUCUUCUUCUUUGACUACAAUCCUAUUACCAUUAACCAGAAGCAAACCAGAGCAACUGUAUUGAGGAUCUAUCAUCUCCGUAGUAUGGGUGCCUAAGACAGGCGAGCUGAAGAGCUGUGUCCCUGGAAGGAGCACCAUCAGCCCUUCCCCACCAUGCUGCUCCAUAUGGCCCAGGGCAGGGGAACCUUAAGCAGGGUACGAGGGCUCCUGCUGCUGCCCCUCCUAAUGGUGCUGCUGGUGACUUUUUGUGCUGCACAGAGCGAAAAGAGUCAGGAGAACCAGGGAGAGAAUAACACUGGCAGUACGGAGAGCCCGGAGACUGUCUCCUCAGAUGUGGCCAUCGUCAGUCCUCGUAACUCCUGGCUCGUCUUCAGACACAACUCCAACAAAGGAGAGAACAAGAAGACCAAGCCCCCAAAGAGGGCAUCUAAGCAUGGUCUACCGGGCCCCCCCGGUCCUCCAGGCCCUCAAGGGCCCCCCGGCCCCCCGGCCCCCCUGUUACCUCAGCAGGAAGAGCUGAUGCAGGAGUUCCAGCUACGGCUGAGAGAGAUGGCUGGUGGACCCUGUCUGCUCUGUGAGCGGCCUCCCCGUGUGGCCACCGCCUUCCACUGCCGCCUACACCACCCCCUCACCGUGCCACGCCGCAGUCUGCUAGAGCUGCAGCCAUUCAGCAGUAUCUCGGACACUGAGCAGAGCCUCCAGAGGGGCCCGGGCUUCAACUCUAGCAGUGGCCGCUACACGGCUCCCGUCUCCGGGUUCUACCAACUCACCGCCAGCCUUCUCAUAGAGCCCAAUGAGAGGUCACAAGCCAGGAUGAAGGAUAGUGUGAAGGCUUCCAUCUGCAUUGAGUCCCUAUGCCAGAGCAAUGUGUCUCUGGAUUCGGUGACAGGGGUGGGUAGUUCAGGAGUCUUCAGCGUCUUACUGACAGGAACCCUUUACAUACAGGCGGGGGAGUAUGUGUCCAUUUUCGUCGACAACGGAACAGGCUCAGCACUCACAGUCCUCCGGGAUACUUUAUUUUCCGGGAUACUCCUGGGAGUGUGAACACAGUAAAACAAAUGAUACACACACACCCAUAGACUGAAAUGAACAAACAUAUUAAACCACGUACAGUACCGGUCAGAAGUUUGGACACACCUAAUCAUUCAAGGGUUUUUCCUUAUUUCUAAAUAUUUUCUACAUUGUAGAAUAAUAGUGAAGACAUCAAAACUAUGAAAUAGCACGCAUGGAAUCAU